AUGGCCCAACCAUCUCGAAUGCACCUCGCAGCCUCAUCGACUAGGGUGCCAACUAUCAACUCCACCCCAAACAUGAAGCGCUCAAUCACUUCAUACUCCACCCGAGACGAUCCUACCGGUACAAAUCCAAGUACCCCAAGUCACACUUCGGACACACACCUAAAUGAGCAACAACAAGUCAAAGCGACCCUCACAAACAUCCUCAACGACGACCGUGUCAAGCACAACCCGAAUGGCAGCCGCUGUGUCCAAAAGAUACUCCUAGAAAACGAGCACGACAUGAGGAAACAUCGGAAACAGUCACUCAGCGCUUAUGAUGCAAAAUGA